UCUCUCUCUCUCUCUCUCUCUCUCUCUCUUUUAUUUUUUAUUUUCUUUAAUUCCCACAUACCAAAUUGCGACUCCUCUACACCCACUCCUUUUUAUCCCCCACACCCACACUCAGACACUUUCCCUUCUCUCUCUCUCUCUCUCUCUCUCUCUUUAAACAUUCUUCGACCACGCACUUUGGGAAGAGUUUCUUAAGAUCAGAUGAAGAAAAUAGUAGUGAAGUUGGAUUUGCAUGAUGACAAGGACAAACAGAAGGCAAUGAAGGCCGUUUCCACCCUUCAUGGGAUUGAUUCCAUUGCAAUGGACAUGAAGGAGAAGAAGAUGACGCUGAUCGGAUCGGUCGACCCGGUCGACGUCGUGAGCAAACUGCGAAAAUUCUGGCCCACCAACAUCGUCUCGGUGGGGCCGGCGAAGGAGCCCGAGAAGAACGAAGAGAAGAAGGAUGAGCCCAAGAAGGAGGAGCCCAAGAAAGAAGAGCCCAAGAAGGAAGAGCCCAAGAAGGAGGAGGAGCCCAAAAAAGAAGAGCCCAAGAAGGAGGGGGAGCCCAAGAAGGAGGAGGAGCCCAAAAAGGAAGCAGAGCCUAAGAAGGAAGAAGCUGAGAAAAAGAAAGAUCAUCCUUACCAACCAAUUGUUUAUGAGCUUGUCAAUGAAUACAGGGCUUAUAAUCCGCCGAUGACGACGCAUUACUUCGUCCGGAGCGCCGAGGAGAACCCGAACUCAUGCGCCAUCUUGUAAAACUUAAAAAAAAAAUAAUUAGUGUAUAUAUUGUGUGUAAAGAUGAUGCAUGGUAAGUAAUUAAGCUGUUGUUGUCGAUCUCUGAGAUUUCUGUAUGUUUGUGUUGGAAAUAAGUGCUCCAGAGAGUGUAAACUUUUGCUUCUGUAUGAGUCAUGCGGAUCAUCGAUCUCAUCAAAAAUUUUGAGGCUUUAUCUUAUCUGUUGUUUAUGAUUA